AUGCAAGCUAUGAAUACUGAUCCACAACCAUAUUAUACUGCUCCAAGAGGUUCACAUCCAGCACCGAAUAGUUAUUAUCAACCAAAUGGAAUAGAUACACAUUAUACGCCAAGAAAUCCAAAUGAAUUUGGGCAAACACAUCGUAUGCAUCAACCCUAUUAUCCACAAGGACCUAAUGCUUAUAAUCAACCACCAGUUUAUAUGCAAAAUUUUGUACCACCUCCACAAUCAAUGAGCCCAUUUCCUCGUAUUAUUCGGCCACCGAAUGACGUUUCCACUGGAGCACCAAAUUUUGUGCCACCAGCGUCGUAUCUAUCACACGGAAAUAAUAAUUUACAGCAACAAUCAACUGCAUAUCCUACACAAUACUAUCGUCCAACCUAUCAUGUGCCACUAAAUAUUUCAGAACAAAUAUUAGCAGCACAAUUGUCUAAUCAACCACGACCAUCGAUUAAUCAACAAUAUAAAACAUCAUUUUACUCUUCACAAUCACAAGGUAUAUAA